AUGUUGGAUAACGAUAAAGCCCAAGAUGUAACAAUAGAUUCUCUAAUACUUUCUGAUUCAUAUACACCCCCAAAAAAUCCGAUUGUAUUCUGCCAUGGCUUAUCAGGAUUUGAUAGAUUAAUUCUAAUUCCUUCAGUGUUUCAAUUGACAACUCUAAUCUCCAAUUCAAUAGCGCACAAUAUGACAGAAAAUUUCAUGAAAGAUGGGGAAGAUGAAAGCGAUACGAAAUAUCCAAAUUUAGUAGAGAUUGAAUACUGGAUUGGUGUGAAAAAAUUUCUUCAAUCCAAAGGAUGCACUGUGAUCACCACGAAAGUGCCAGGGUUUGGUAGUAUUGAAGAAAGAGCAACGGCCUUGGACGCUCAGUUACGAAAAGAAGUACAGAAGAUCGAUUCGAAGGAUAAGCGACAUUCGUUGAAUUUAAUCGCACAUUCAAUGGGGGGAUUGGAUUGCCGAUAUUUAAUAUCCAAUAUCAAAAACAGAGGUUACGAUAUUCUGAGUUUGACCACUAUUUCCACUCCUCACAGGGGGUCGGAGAUGGCGGAUUACGUGGUCGACCUUUUCGAAAACUUAAACUCCUUACGUGUGCCUCAGAAGAUACUGCCCAUAAGUUUCUACCAGCUGACCACAACCUAUAUGAAAUAUUUUAAUUUGGUUACACCGAAUAGUCCAAAAGUCUCUUAUUUUUCGUAUGGUUGCUCUUUUGUACCUAAAUGGUACAAUGUUUUUUGCACACCCUGGAAAAUUGUUUAUCAGAGGUCGAAAGGACGACCCAAUGAUGGUUUGGUAACUAUAGAUAGUAGUAGAUGGGGAGAGUAUAGAGGAACCUUAAAAGGUAUGGAUCAUUUGGACGUGAUUAACUGGAAAAAUAAAUUGCAAGAUGAUUGGAGUAAAUAUUUCCAUACUAAUACUAUUGAGGAAAAAAUCGAUAUCUUGAACUUUUAUUUAAAGAUCACUGACGAUCUGGCAAAGAAAGGCUUUUGA